AUGUCGAAUAGUAUUUCAGUUCAGAAUGAAUUAGUGGAAUCAUUUAAGAAUGCAAUCAAUUUAGAAUUGCAGUCAGAUUUAUUGUUGACAAACUCGUAUUUGACUUCUUAUUCACCUAAGAAAUUGCAUCAAUUAGGGUUGGCAAUAAUAAAUUUGGUCGUCACAAACAUUAAGAAUGGCCUCGGUGGUAAAACUAUAAUAGAAUUGGAAAUAGAUCCAGCUUUGAAGUCGAAUGAUACUGAAAUUCAAUUGGGGUCACUUAGAGUGGGUGAUAUUAUAAAGUUGGAUAAGAUGAGUAAUGCAAAUACUUCAGAAACUAUUCAGUUCAAAAAGGCACUGGAAAAUUCAUCAAAGAAGAAAAGAGGUACUGACGAAGAGGGUAAAUGUCAAGACGAAUCUUUGGAUGCUGUGCUUAUACGGAUAAACUCAAAAACUGUUACCAUCUCGAUUGAAGAGGACAAUUCAGAAGAAAAAGUGCUAAGCUUAUACAACAAUACAUUUAACGACAAUAUUAGAAUGUGGAUAGUAAAAUUGAGUAACUCAAUCACCUACAAAAGGAUGACAACUGCUAUGAAUAAGCUAUCUGAAUUAACCUCCUCUAAUAAGAGUGAGAUAAUUCAAUAUUUGCUUGGGGAGUCACAGUAUGCCAAAAAAAGCUCCGGGAGAAGCUUGAAACAGAAGCAUUUCUUCAAUCCCAAUUUAAACACUUCCCAGAAAGAAGCGAUAAAUUUUGCCAUCAAUGAGUCUGCCAUAACGAUUAUCCACGGGCCUCCAGGAACUGGUAAAACGUACACUUUAAUAGAGCUAAUCAAACAGUUGACAUUCAAUAAUGAUGAAAAAGUCUUAGUUUGUGGGCCUUCCAAUAUAUCUGUGGAUACUAUUUUGGAAAGGUUAUCACCAAUUUUUAAUGAAGAGGAAGUACACACUGAUAAAAAGAAAAGUCGUAGAGCUGUCAAAAAGAGUACAUCUGCCGGGAAGAACCCAGAGGAGUUGAUUCGUAUAGGCCAUCCUGCAAGACUUUUAGGGAGUAAUUUACAGCAUUCGCUUGAUAUAUUAUCCAAAACAAAUUACGAUACGGGAUCGAACGAUAACAAAGAAAUAUUGAAAGAUAUAGAAAAAGAUAUUAGCGAUACUUUGGGGAAGGUUAAGAAAUGUCGAAACUAUGCUGAAAGAAGAGCUUUGUGGUCAGACUUGAAGACAUACAAGAAGGAAUUACGAGUUCGAGAACGUAAAAUUGUGCAAGACUUGCUAGUGGGUGCCAAAGUUGUUCUCAGUACGUUGCAUGGUGCCGGUAGUUAUGAGCUAACGUCGCUUUACAAAGAACCAACGUUGAACUUUGACCACGACCAUCCCUUGUUUGAUACCAUAAUCAUCGAUGAGGUAUCGCAGUCGCUCGAGCCGCAGUGUUGGAUUCCAUUGGUUAAUCAUUUAGGAUGCAAACGGUUAGUGAUAGCAGGAGACAACAUGCAGUUGCCCCCAACGGUGAAAUCGAAGGACGAUCUAGAUGCGUUGAUGCGUAAACUCAAUAUCAAAGACGGAGUUGCCGACUUGGAAUUAACCUUAUUUGACAGACUUAUCCGAGAUCACAACGGUUCGCAAUUUAAGAAACUCUUGGACACCCAGUACCGUAUGAACGAGGACAUUAUGCGGUUCCCGUCGAACGAGCUUUACGACGGCAACCUCAAGGCUCACGACUCAGUUCGUUCGUUGACGCUCGAAGACUUGCCAUCAGUCAAGCCCACAGACGAUACCUCCAUCCCUUGUGUCUGGUACGAUACGCAGGGAGGCAAUUUUCCUGAGAGGGCCAGCGACGAUGACUCGCGGGCGAUGGCGGAAUCGACCGGAUCUAAGUACAACGACAUGGAGGUGUUGGUGGUGGAGCAACAUCUCCAGAACUUGCUACAAGCAGGUAUAACCCCUGCUGAUAUAGGCGUUAUCUCCCCCUACAAUGCACAGGCCUCCUUGCUUAAAAAAACCCUUCAGCUGCGCCAGAUCGAUGGGAUCGAGGUAUCGACUGUCGACGGGUUCCAGGGCCGUGAGAAGGAGGCCAUAAUUAUCUCGCUAGUCAGAUCGAAUCCCAACAGAGAAAUAGGGUUUUUAGCCGACAGGAGACGGUUGAAUGUGGCAAUGACCAGACCCAAGAAGCAUCUCUGCAUCAUCGGCGAUCUAGAAUUAAUGGCUACAAGUGGUAAAAAGUACUUGAAAAAUUGGUCGCAGUAUGCAGAAAAUGAGUACGAAAUUAGAUAUCCCGAUCUAGGUGAUUAUUGA